GCGCGUGCUGCUAGCCGGAAGCGCAGUUGCGGUCGCACGCGAGUUCUGGCGCGAUGGAGGGGGUUAUGUUAGCAGAUGCCAAGAUCCGCGCUGAAACUGGAACGGAGUCCGGCCCUCGGGGCCCCGGCUGCAGCCUCCGGCACUUUGCCUGUGAACAGAACCUGCUGUCUCGGCCAGAUGGCUCUGCUUCUUUCAUGCAAGGUGAUACCUCUGUCCUAGCGGGCGUGUAUGGACCUGCUGAGGUGAAGGUCAGCAAAGAAAUUUUCAACAAGGCCACACUCGAAGUGAUCCUGAGGCCGAAGAUCGGGCUGCCUGGCGUAGCAGAGAAGAGCCGGGAGCGGUUGAUCAGGAACACAUGUGAGGCAGUAGUGCUGGGAGCAUUGCACCCACGCACCUCCAUCACUGUGGUGCUGCAAGUUGUCAGUGAUGCUGGCUCCCUCCUAGCCUGUUGCCUGAAUGCUGCCUGCAUGGCACUGGUGGACGCAGGUGUGCCCAUGCGGGCUCUCUUCUGUGGGGUCACCUGUGCUCUGGACUCUGAUGGGACCCUUGUUCUAGACCCCACAGCCAAGCAAGAAAAGGAGGCGCGGGCAGUCCUGACCUUUGCACUUGAUAGUGUGGAACGGAAGCUGCUGAUGUCCACCACCAAGGGGCUCUACUCUGACGCUGAGCUCCAGCAGUGCCUGGCAGCAGCCCAGGCUGCCUCACAGCAUGUCUUCCACUUCUACCGGGAAUCACUGCAGAGGCGUUACUCCAAGAGCUGAGGCAAGCCGGGGCAGGGCACCCCUCCCAAUGCCACUACCCUUAACCUCCAGCCUGAAGUAAACCAGCGGCCCAGCCUCGCCUCUACUUGUGUGCCCGUGUGGGCUUGUGGUUCUGUAUCUCCCCAGGCUCCAGUCGGGGAAGAUAGGGCCCCAGCCCUUGACAGCUCACCCCACCAGCUUCCGGGCCUGGAGGCUCAGACCUUGCCCACAAGGACAUCGUUAAAAGCUCUCAUUUAUUGGGUGGAUUAGUCAAUAAGUCCAUUCAUUCUAAAGGACGUCUGUGGUGCACCUACUGCAUGGACACCCUCCCAGGCCUUGAGAAACUGGCAGUGAACAAGAAAGACCUAGAUCCGUGACUGAGAAGCAGUAGGUAAAUUGGUAUUUGUCAGAUGGUGUGGUCAAUACAAUGAAAAAAUAAAGCAGGGCACAGAA